AUGUCUUUUGUUGAUACCGUCGAUCUUGAAUCUCAGGUGCCUUACUCGGAUUCCCCCGAGUUUGAUCAGCUCACAGAAAAGAUUUCCUCUGGUUUAUUUGCCAUUAAUUCUAGUUUGGGCACACUUCAUAGCCACCUCAAAGCCCUGGGCAAGAAAAAUUCUAGCAGCAGCAUACAAGAACGCGCUGUCGCGCUAGCAGAAGACUUACGCAAUAAGUUUCGUGAGCUAAGUGAUAGUAUAAAAGAACUUACGGAAUGGCAGGAAGAUGAUGGAGUUCUUUCAAGUGGUGUGGGUGACGGGCCUGUCGCGAUCUCACCUGCCCAAAAGUUUACACAGCAAAAACUCUCACGCGAGUUUUCAUCAGCCUUGGCUGAAUUUCAGGAUUUACAAAGACAACUUGCAGAGAAACAACGCAAAUCAAUUGUUCUGGCUAAGGAGCAACAACAUCAAUUCCAAAUUCAUCAACAAGAAAACAGAGAUCGAGCACAGCAGCAGCACCACAGCAAUCAGUUAUUAUUAGAAGAAGAAGAAGUUGAGGAUAAUAGUGACCUUGACGAGAACCAAACAGCUGUUUUACAGGAAGAGCAAGAAGAACAGGAACUGAUAAACCAACACGAACUUGAUUACCAAAAUAGGUUAAUUCAAGAACGCGAGGCUGAAAUCAGAGGGAUUGAGCAGGGUAUUGACGAACUAAAUGAGAUUUUCACUGAUUUAGGAGCCCUUGUCACUGAACAAGGUACUGUCAUUGACAAUAUUGAAGCUAAUGUUUACAAUAUGGCAUCUGCUACUCGUGAUGCAGCCGGUGAGCUCACCAAGGCUGCAAAACACCAGCGCAACUUUCGUGGUCGUGCUGCCUGUCUUCUCAUUAUUCUUGUUAUUAUUCUUACAGUUAUUCUUUUAGCGGCCUUUUUAGGAUGA